AUGAAGGUCCCCAAUGUACCCAAGAGACCGGAGAUCCCCAAUGUUCCGGAGAGCCCAGAAAUCGCCAGUGCACCCGAGAGCACAGAAAUCCCCAAUAGUGCAGAAAUCCCCAACGUAUCUGAGAGCCCGGAGAUUCCUAAUGUUCCUGAUAGUUCAGAGAUCCCCAAUGUACCCGAGAGUCCAGAGAUCCCCCAAGUAUCUGAGCGCUCGGAGAUCCCCAAUGUACCCGAGAAUCCAGAGAUCCCCAAACUAUCUGAGGGCCCAGAAAUCCCCAAUUCUCCUGAGAGUUCAAAGAUCCCCAAGGUACCCGAGAGCCCGAAGAUCCCUAAUAUACCCGAGAACCCAGAGAUACCCAAUGUAUCCAUGAAUCCAGAGAUCCCCAUAAGUCCAGAGAUCCCCAAUGUGGCCGAGAUCCCAGAGAACCCCAAUGUAUCUGAGAGUCCAGAGAUCACCAAUGUACAUGAGGGCCCGAAAUCACCAAUGUACCCGAGAGCCCAGGGAUCCCCAAUUAAUCCAGAGAUCCACAAUAUACCCGAGAGCACAGAAAUCCCCAAUGAACCCAAGUGCCCAGAAAUCCCUAAUGCAUCUGAGUACGGAGAUCCCCAGUGUAUCCGAGAAUACAUAGAUCCGCCGAAGAUCCGCAACGUACCCGAGAAUCCAGAGAUCCCCAAUGUAGCUGAGAUCGCAGAGAUCCAAGAUGUAUCUGAGAGUCCAGAGAUCACUAAUGUACCUAAGGGCCCGAAAUCAACAAUUUACACGAGAGCCCAGAUCUCCAACAUUCCCGAGAGUCCAGAGAUCCCCAAUGUAGCUGAGAUCCCAGAGAACCCCAAAGUAUCUGAGAGUCCAGAGAUCACCAACGUACCUGAGGGCCAGAAAUCACCAAUAGAUCCCCAAUGUACCCGAGUUUCCGAGAUCCCCCAAGUAUCUGAGCGCCCGGAUAUCCCCAAUGUACCCGAGAAUCCAGAGAUCCCCAAACUAUCUGAGGGCCCAGAGAUCCCCUAUUUUCCUGAGAGUUCAAAGAUCCAUAAGAGUCCAGAGAUUCACAAUGUAGCUGAGAUCCCAGAGAACCCCAAUGUAUCUGAGAGUCCAGAGAUCACCAAGAGCCCAGAGAUCCCCCAUGUACCCGAGAAUACAGAGAUCCCCAGUGCACCCGAGAGUUCUGAGAUCCCCAAGGAAUCUGAGAGCCCAGAGAUCCCCAAUGAUCUCGAGAGUCCAUAA